AUGGAGGAAGGGAGCACGCGUCAAUUUGCUGCUGCGGCUGCUUCUGAUUCUGCCGCAGCAGCACCAGAGGACCAAAGCUCCCAACAGACGGAUCCAGCAGCAGCAGCAGCAACAGCAGCAGCAGCAGAAGCAGGAGUUGCAGGAACAGUAGAAGCAGCAGCCACUGACUAUGCACCUAGUCAAGUUGCAGCAGAAGCACCAGCUGCAGCAGCUGCAGCACAAGUGGGAGCAGCAGCAGCAGCAGAUGACACACAGUUUAUGCUAGCAGCAGAAGCAGGAGCAGACAAUAUUGCUGCUCCUGCUGCAGAAGCUGCAACAGCAGAUGCUGCUGCUGCAGAUACUGCCGCAGCAGAUGCUGCAACCGCAGAUACUGCCGCAGCAGAUGCUGCAACCGCAGAUACUGCAGUAGCAGGUGCUGCAGCGGCAGAUCCUGCAGCAGUGCAUCCUGCUGCAUCACAUCCUGCCACAGCAGCAGAUGCUGCAGCAGCAGAUGCUGCAGCAGCAGAUGCUGCAGCAGCAGAUGCUGCAGCAGCAGAUGCUGUAGCAGCAGAUACUGCAGCAACAGAUACUGCAACAGCAGAUUCUGCCGCAGCAGAUGCUGCAGCAGCAGCAGCAGAGGAAAGACCUGUUGAAAGGCCAGCUCCAUCUGGCCGCUCCCUCGACAGCAGCAGCAGCAGCAGCAGUAGCAGCAGCAGCAGCAGCAACAACACCAGUUACAGCAGCAAUCGCAGCAUCUAUGGUGGCAGUAGCACCAACCAGAUCAGCAGCAGUCGUAGCGACCUUGCAAGCAGUAGCAACAGCAGCAGCAGCAGCAGCAACAACAACAACAACAGCAAUAGCACUAGCACUAGCAGCAGCAGCAGCAGCAGCAGCAGCAGUGUGUCAGUAGGAAAUGCGUAUAUGCAGGUUCGUGCUGCUCGUCGUCAGGCUGCAUGCAUAGGGCGUACAUGUAUAAGUAAUGAUGCUGCAGUGCUGCUGCUGCAGCAGCACAACAAGAGUCAUAGAAGUAGUGCAGCAGGAGAGGAGAUAGUAUCUCUUGUGCUGCAGCUGCGUCAGGAGCUACAGGAGCAGCAAACAGUUGCUGCUAUAACAAUACAACUGCAGCAAGAAGCAGCAAGAAGGAUAGAUAGACAUAUAAUAAGACAAAAAGGGAGAGAAAGGCAGCAGCAGCAACGUAAUAUACAAGAAAAGCUGCGUAGACACCUGAAGGAAUUACGUCAUAUAUUAUUAAGAAUUGCUGAUCAUACUAUUGGAGAUAUACAACCAGAUACACCACCACCAACAGCAGCAGCAGCAGCAGCAGCAGCAGCAACAGGUGGUGGUGGUGCUGCUGGAGGAAAUAACAACAAUACUGCUGGUGUUGCAAGAAACAAUAUUGGCAGCAGCAGCAACAGCAGCAGCAGCAGCAGCAGCAGCAAUAAUAAUAAUAAUAGCAAUAGUAGUGCAUUGCAUGCAAUAUGUUUAUUCUCUAGUUUAGGAGGAAUAGAUUUAUUAAUAGAAAUAGCAGCAGGAGCAGCAGCAAUACCUGCAUGCAUAAUAGAUUAUAGUGUAUAUACACCUGAAUUAAUUGAUGCAGCAAGAGCAGCAGCAGCAGAUAUAAGAAAUUUAUUUCCUCUUUUAUUUACUGAAUCUUUUUAUCUAUUAAGGGAAUUCCUUCUAUUACAUCCUCCUAUUGCUAUACAACUUGCUUAUAAUUAUAGGUUAUUACAGUGUCUUCUUUCCUCGUUAGUUGUUCCUGGUGUAUGUGAUGCUGCUGAGUUGCUGCUGGAGGAUUUAAUUGCUGUAAGAGAUACACCAUUGUCUCUUGCUGCUUAUUCACCUUAUUGGUUAGCUAAUAGCUGCAGCAGCAGCAGCAGCAGCAGCAGGAAUGGUACCUUAAGAAAAAGUAUUAUACCAUACUCUGUUGGACGAGGAUGGAGUUCUUCUGCCUCAACAGCAGCAGCAUUAGCAGCAGCAGCAACAGCAGCAUCAGCAUCAUCAUUAGGACAGCCGCUGCUGCUGCUGCAGGGAAGCUGGCAGCAACUGCAUGCACGUCAUGUUGCGCUGCUUGUACGUCUUAUUACUUUGCUGCUAGUAGAAACUGAUGAUCGUCUUGCAUGCAGCAGCAGCUUGUGGCUGCUGCGUCGUCCUCCUCCUGCUGCAGCAAGGCGCAGCUUAAGAGGAGCAUGCCCUCAUGGUACUCUUCCUCCUGCAGCAGCAGCUGCUGCUAGUGGUGCUGGUGCUGCUGCUGGUAUGGAGCAGCAGCAAGAGCAGCAAGAUCAGGGCCAGAUGUCCAUAGUUGAGCUCCAAAACGAGCAGCAGCAGCAGCAGCAGCAGCAGCAACAGCAACAGCAACAGCUGCAGCACGGUGGGUCACCGUGUGAGGGUCUUGCUGCUGUGGCAGCACCACCUAUUGGCAGUGAUUCACACAUCAACAACAGCAGCAGCAACAGCAGCAACAGCAGCAGCUGCUGCAGCAGCAGGCAGCGGUAUAGAUGGAGUCCUUGGUUGCUGCAAUCCU